UAAGACCUUUUUCUAUUUGUUUUUGUAGGCAAUCGACAGGGAGCUUGAUAAUCCAGUGUACUCCCCUCUUGACGAUAAAAUAAUGUCAGAAAUCCAUGCAGAGAUAUCUUCACCUACACAGCUUCGGCCUAUGCGAAGAUCCCAUUCUGCUCCGAUUUCCCUGCAGAAACUAAUGGAUUCUGAUGCACCAAAAAAUUUUACAACGCUGUCACGAUCUGCUGGGCGGGAGACUAAAUAUGCCUCUUUCCAUCUGUUGCCAUCUGGUUUUGCUGAGAAACAACUGACCAAGCCUGGAGUUAUACGACCACUGGCUGUUAUUCCAAAAGUUCCAGAAGAGAGAGAGGAGUAUCAGCCCAAUCCAUUCAGAGAUUACCUUGAAGAGACUUCAGAUGCUGAACUUCAACAGCUUAACGAUAUAGUGAGAAGACUCAGCAAAACAGAUGCCACCAGAUGCCCUGGCGUCCCAAAGAUGAGGAUCCAAGAUACGACCGAUGGCCACAGCCAUGGAUUACUUCAAAUUACAGAAGAGGAAGAGGGGGAAGUUAAUAAAUCCUUCACAGGUAUGAUACCAUCACCAAGGACCAUACCCAGUUCUAUUAACUCAGCAGCUGUGAAGAUGGUUAGGGAAACCAGCAUUUAAAAGUAUCUGAGUGUUUGCUCUAACCCAGAAAUGUGCUUAAAGCAUAUCCUGUGAAAACGAUGUGGUGAAACAACUUGGUUUUAUUACUUUCUGCUACAAGAUGGUUGUUUUAAUUUCACUUUUAUAAUAUAGUUCAAUAAAAGUUCAUAUUUUAAUAACUCGUUCAAUAUAUGCAUAACAAUGGGAAAGGUUUAUAUUGCAGCAGUAAGCUUUUUAAAUACUGCCAAGAAUUGUGUGCGCAGAAAGGCUAAUGUGUCAGCAGAACUAUUAUGUGAAGUUUUGUAGAAAGGAUGUUUUAAUAACACCUAUUCAUUUUUGUUUAUUUUAAAAUGCUUUAAGGACACCCAGAAUAUAUUUUAACACCUUGUUCCAAUGAAUCAUAAAUCCUUGCAUCCAAAAAUAAAACAAAAAAUCUAAAAUAAAAUAAAAUAAAUACAAGAUAGUAAAAGCAAUAUAAAAACAUCCUUAGUCAUGACAUUUUACUGAACUGAAGUUUCAAUAACUCAGGACUUCUAUAUGAUGGGUUUCUACCCACAAGCUAUGGUAUGUCACCCCUUUGUAAAAUUGAAAUAUAACAGAAUCUAGUUCCCAGUUUCCAUAGCUAGCUGCCUGUUCUUUACACAUAAGUGAACAUGUAUCCUUGCUACCUUCAUUGCAAGAUGUUGCUUUAACGAGGAACCUUGGGGUCUCAUUAAAGUCAUCUAUAUAGCUUAAUAGUUUGAACAUUUUUUUAAAUUUGUCUAUUUGUCACAGAGGUACCAAGUGAUGAUUGUGCUUUCAUUUCCUCAGCAAACUAUCUGUUAGGAUUACUUAUGCAGUAAAUGGGCAUUCACAGGAAACAUCAACAGUUAGCCUUUAAUAUACUUUUUCUUAUUUAUUUUCAACAGUCUCUGCAUUGAGACUGAAAGAAAAAUGGUGGUCAGCAAAUCAAUAUACCCUAUAGAGAUUGUUUUGUUUUCGGGAUGUGCCUGAAGCCAGCCAUUUAAAGUAUUUGAUUUAAAUAGCAGGCUCUAAUCAUAUUACCCUAUCUGUGUUAGCAAUGUAUCAUUUCCUGGUUACUAAUAGUAGAAGGCAUGUUAGAUUUCCAUUUAUAGUUUUUAAUACUUUAUAAGACACCCAGGGGUCUAUUCAGUUAAUCAGCAGGAUAUCUAUAUACGUCCACUGAGAUAACAUAACAUUAUAUUUGUGUACUGUGAUUAUGACAAUCAAGCAUCUAAUAGUACAUCUGGGUCUCACGAGUGCAUUUCCAUCUGCUUCAGUGUUGAGACAGUCUUUUUUUUUCUUUAAAGGACUGCAAUACUUAUAUCUGCCACUGUUUAGAUCAUCUGAAUACAUCCCAUGUUUGUACCAACAUAAUGGUCUGUGUUACCAAAUCCCUAUUGUCCUAUUUUCAUUUUGCAGCUUAAAAAGACGCUGAAUUGAAGAUGAUUAUCAAGAUUGUCAUAUAUUAUGAAAUUAUUUUACAUUGUUAACUACUUCUUUUAUAUUGUAUGUUAUGCUAUGUGUCACAUAUGUGUCACAUAAACCUUCUGAAAAUGUUAUUUAAAUUCUGAUGGCAAUAGGUAACACUUUAGUUCAAGCAGACCUGAAAAGACAAGUAGACAGACUAUAUAUCCAUUAUAAGCUAUUAUAAACAAUAGUAGCAAAAAUUGGCAAAAGUGUUUAAUAAUAGUCAUACUAUUUCUAAUCUUAUUCUGUAAUUGUUACUAGCAUAAUUAAUAUCAUGUUUACAGAUCGGUUAUGAGCAUGUACAAAGUAUGUACACUAAAUUAAAAUGUUAACUGGCAAUCUACCAUUGUAUAAACUCCCUAUAUCAAAAGCAGAGGUGAAAGUAAGUUGGUACGGCCUGGAGUAGAGUUAGGAAGCAAUACAUCGUCAGAAUGUGUUAUUAGUACCAAAACUUAGCCCGUGUAAUGUCAGAAAGUGGUAUGCUGUCACAUUGAAAGUGGUACACUGUCAGAUUUUGGUACAGGUGAAAUCA